AUAACAAGAGUUGCUGUUCUUUACAUUGAUCCAUUCAGGAAAGACAAAUCUUUACCAUCUUCGUUUGUAAAUAUAUAAAUAGCAUAGAAAACUAAUAAGAUUUCGUAUGAAUUGAGAUGUAAGCAGAUGAAAGACACAAUGUGUACUUGUUAAUACAGUGUGUGGAAUACUUUAUGUUAUGUCUGCAAGUGAUGGCAAUAGAGCAAAAGCAAAGCCUACGUCCAUCAGCAAAGCUCUAGAAUUCUGCAGUGGCUGUGUUAGUGCGACAACUCUAAAGGAUGCCCGGACUCAAUACUCUGCAUUGUCUGACCUAGCGAAAGAACUGGGUACAACUUUAAAACAACAACUGAAGACACAAACAAAGGAUAUUAAAUUCCGACACUUGACAGAUGAAGAUAAAGACCUUGGUGGGGCAUUAUAUAUCACAUUAUACAAGGCAGAAGACCGAGUGAAUCUGACGAAUAUAUGGCCAAACUACCAGUUCCUUAUAGAAGUCUAUAAAAGACAUAAAGGAAUAUCUAGCGCUAGAGUUAAAAUAGAGGCGCAAAUGGACCCCAGAGAAACCAAGGGCGCUAUCAUUGAAACACUAGAGCUUUACGAAUCGAGUGGAUAUGACAAGAAAAAGAGAAGAGAAGCACGAAAGCAAUACGACUCUAUAAUGACGCAUCAACUAAGCUCUUUUGCUUUAGAACUUCAGGCACUUCAAGAAAAGCAUAAGAAAACUAUUAUCGAACCUCAGCAUGUACAUGCACAACACCGGAAAAGAGCACCAGAACUCUAUGAUAUUGUUGCUGAUGCAUGGGGAAAUAGACACCCUCGUGCAGAAGAAGCAAUCAAAGAUUUGUUUUUUAUCAUGGAAGCUUACUGUCGUGUUAAAGAGAGAACGAAUUCUGCAUCAACAUAUACUGAUGCAAGGAGUACCCACAUGUCCACGGCCAGUUCUUCCUUUUCGUCAACGACUCAUCUCGUAACAACCAGUACAGAAUCUGUUCUUAAGCGAUGUGCUGCAAAGUAUAAAGGCGAUCUCCUUAAAAAGGCUGAAGACGAAUUAAAACAACUCAAGAAACUAGACAGAGACAUAAAACACCGAAGUGAUUUGGAAAAGCGUAAAUAUGAAUGGCAUAUGAAAGGUUCGGAGGGCCCUGCUGAGUUGCUGAGAUCUAUCCCACGGCCCGAGAGACCGCUACACAAGGUUCUUCAGUGGGCCAAAGAUGAGGGGAUUGCAGACAGUGAAUUGGCUCUGUUAGAGUACGGCUCUCUUCUUCACUCGGAGAAACUGUUUAAGGAAACGGAGAGUCCAACGGGCGUAAGUGAACACGCAGUUGGAACAAGCGCAUCUGUUUAUGAACCAACAGAACGAAAUAGCAUUGAGGAUAUCUUACACAGCAUGAGAAAGGUUGUCAACAAUGAAGUGUACGGAGAGGCGACAAAGGAAUACAAGAAGCUACAAGAAAUUGAGAAAAUGAUCGCAAGGGAUGAUGCGUUGAGAUCAAGGAAAGACCAUUGGAAAAUCUAUGUACGGGACGGACCUCACAGGUAUAUUGAUGUGGAAAUACCGAACAGGCCUCUCCACAUAGUGCUAAAUCGUGCUCAUAACGAAGGUGUCAAGGGCAGUGAUUUUGCUUUAAUGGAUUACGGAUCUAUGCUUCACUCAGAAGUUCUCUACGAAAGUAAAGACAAUAUGCCAAUGAUAGUGCCAAUGCCUCAGGAAUUGAAGAAAACUGAGGAUAUACAAACUCGACACCGAACUACUGUGCAUGUUGAUAAGAAACCUGCUUCAGUUCCUUUGGUUCACGAUAGAGAACCAAAAAGGAGAGAAAGGGGGAUACCACAUUACGAUGACGAGCAAAUAUUCAUUUUACAGAGUGAAAUCGACAAGCUCAAGGAGCAGUUAAACAUAAAAAACUCGGAAGUUGAAGAUUUGACAUCGAGAUUAAGUCAAGCGGCAAGUAAUAGUUUGAUGCAUAACAACCCGAACAUAGCCGAUCUCAGUGAUAGAAAUCGUCCAACAAAAUUAGGGGAACGAUUUGGACAACUUUACGACAACGAAUGGUCUGACGCUCAUGAAACAUUAAAGCUUACCAUACGUUCAGAAAACGAAAUAUUUUCAAUUCUUGCAGAUGUUGUCAGGGACAUUUUCCGAUACUGUGAAGAGGCUCUGCGGCAGCAAAUCAUAGAUAUUAAACAUGACCUAGAAAAACGGACGCGGGAGCCUAGCUUUUACCAUGAUGCAAAGAAAUUUCAAGCAAUUGGAAAAACAGAUGAAAUGCUGAGUUGGAUGUGUGAAAAAUAUGCCACUGAAUUUCAAAAAGGAAAUGCUAUGUAUUCAGUGCAAGGAUUAGCUAAGAUAUAUAAAGAUUACUGUAAACAUAGAAGAUUCUUGAGGACGUACCCUCAUGUUAUUGAGAAAAUAGAUCCCUAUAUUGACAUGACAGUUGAGCUGUGUUGGCUGAUGUGUGCCCAGACGCCUCCCAUGCAACUGGUCUUUGCAAAAAGGAGAAGUAGAGUUGAUAAAUUGCUUUUCCGGUGCAUGGGACAUUCAGGAGAUACAGUUGAUAUUUGUAUUUGGCCCGCUGUCUUGCUUCAUGAUGGAGGCCCUGUGGUAAUGAAAGGUCAGGUUCUACCUUUGUGAAUGAAAUUACAUUACUUCAAUGACAAUGAGAAUCAGUUACAAUAAGUACGUAGUGAAGGUAUUCAUCCGAUAACUUAUUUGGAUAUUGUUGAUCUUGAAGAGGAAUCUUGGGGAAAACGUUGCUCCCAUGCAUCUGUCAGGAACAUAUGCUGAUCCCUUAAAUGACUUCUACCAAAAAUAUAGUUUGUUGUAGUGAAGCAUACCAAAAAAGUGUCAUAUUCGUAAAUCAAGGACAUUUCAGCAUUCGGCAACUACAUGAGUAAGGAAUGAAUUAUGAAACGAUGUAUUAAGAUCAUGUAGUUAUUGCAUAAUACAUCGCUUUCUACUUUUACACCACGCUGUAGUGUUUACAACUAGUUAACACCAUACCCUCCAAUAGUUUAAAAAGAUUUCCAAAGUUAUCGUCAUUUAUCAAAGAUAUUUUAUAUUUCCGUUUUGAUUAUUUCAUUAGUAAUAUGUUUUUGAUCACGAAAACUACAUACCGGUAGGAUUGCUAUCGAAGUCAUUUGAUUGACCUGUAAAUAUUGUAUUGACCAAUAUGAAGUACAUGUCAUCAUCAUCAUCAUCAAUCCCGCGACGGGUGACGUCGUUGGGGAGGCAAGAGGGAUGAAGCAGCAGAGAUCCAUCUCCACUUGGUUCUGUCUUGGACCGUUGUGAUGAGUACUGGCAUGGGUAGUGUGAUCCACUCCUUCACAUUAUCUGUCCAACUUUUCCUUUGUCGGCCGAGGCGGCGUCCACCCUCUACGAUGUCCAGUAGUACGGUCUCUGCGAGGCUAUCGUGACGCACGACAUGACCAAACCAGGCCAUCUUGCGUCUCUUGACCAUCUCUAGGAGGGUUUCGUGGGAGCCCACCAGGCUGGUGACCUUGCCUCUGACGAACUCAUUGGUUUUGUGCUCCCAGUAGUGGAUGCCGAGCAGUUUCCGUAGGCACUUGUUUUCAAAAGCCUGGACUUUCCUUUCGGUCUUAACCAACAUUGUCCAUGUCUCACAUCCGUACAGGAGGAUGGAGAUUACGAGAGACCUGUAUAGCCUGUACUUUGUGUGGAAGCUGAUGCUGUUGUUCCAUAUUCUAUUGAGCCUCGUCAUCGCUCCUGUUGCUGUGGUUAUUCUGAUUUGGAUCUCUCCAAUGCAGGUGCCGUCCUUGUAUAGCGUUGCCCCCAGGUAUUUGAAGCUUGUCACUUUCUCUAAGGUCUCCCCGUUCAUAGUGAUGUUUGCACUGAUGUCGCUUGUAGUAUUGACCAUCACUUUGGAUUUUUCUGUGCUGACCUCCAUGACAUAGGUCCCUGCACUGUCCACCAAUCUGUUGAUGAGGUCCUGUAGUUCGCUGUUGCUGCCACCCAUGAGGUCAAUAUUGUCAGCGAAUCGGGGUUGCAGAGAGGUCUUCCACCAAUUGAGAUCGAAGUAUGGUGGUGCUGGAGCGUCUCCUACAUAAUCCUCUCCCAGAACAGGUUGAAUAAGACGGGGUAGAGUACAUGUAGGUCAAGUCAAUGUAGUUUUCAUAUCGGCUGAUCUGGACCGUAUACGUUUCUGAUCUAGUACCGAUUUCAUUGUUUGUUCAGAGCGAUAUUGUGCUCAGGUUACUUUUGAUUUAAAAUUAGUAAUAAUACACCUUUAAAGAGAAUAUCAAAAGGGUUACUGAGAAAAACAUUAGCCUUUAGGAAUGAGGGUUUUUAAGACAUUUCAAUGAUUAUUUUUGUUUGACAUUUGAAUAUUCUGUGGAAUUCACUUUUUUCACAAUUUAUAUUAUUGUAGUUAGGAAAAUCUUAUAGAGCAAUUGUCAGAGUUGUUUGAAACCACUGUUCAGUCGGUGGUACAUGAAUGUAUACAUGUACUUGUAUCUAUAAAUGUACUGUGAGGUGGUACAGUUCAUUGAGUAAACAUUAAAAUGACAGAGUAAU